CUCUACCCCCAUCCCUAAUCCCUGCAGUGGGGAAGGAUCCUAAAGCCGAUCAGGGUGUUUUAUAGCAGCGUGCACAUUAAAGGUUUCGGAUUUCAGAGGAAAGUAAGAGACAUUUCUUCUUCUAUGCUGGCUUUCUGGGAAUGAGAGCGAGGAGAAGAGGAAGCUGGGCUGUGGCCUUCACAGAAAUUAGGCCAGACAUGCGUUGGAGGAGACAGGAUGCUCAAGUUGUUGCUGCAUUUGUGGAGGAGUGACAGAUCGGGACAGACAUGUAAAGCUUCUCUACGCUGCUCUCUAGAGACAUCCUAACCUGGGAAAAUCUGUUUAUGAUCUGUGAUAUCCCCAGACACGCCGCUGCUUAUAGCAGAUAACCCAUUGCUGGACCACCGCUCCUGUGUGAUGCUCCAUUUUGUAUUCCCAUGUUCCACCAUUCCACUGAAUGACACUAACUUCCUAUUCAAAACCAUCUCCCCACCUUUAUUACAAGAGAGGGUGAGGGUUUGCUAAGUCCCAGGCAGAGGCACCAAUAUGGUAUCUUCAAAGUCCCUGCUGAUAGUGUUGGCAUGGACCCUUUGUGUGGUCAACGGCCAGAACCUUAUUAAGAACCCCAAGGAGAUAAAUUUGGAAGGACGACUCCUGAUAAGUGAGGUGAACCCGGACAACCCUGGUCAUGACACAUCUGAGUUCAUCGAGCUCCGCCAUACUAGCGGACAAAAUUUCUCACUCAAUGGCUACACGUUAGUCUUCUACAAUGGCAAAACGAACACUGCCUACAAAGUGUUAAACUUAACAGGGUACUCCACAGACAAAAAAGGGUUCUUCUUAAUUGGGUCCUCGGAUGUCAAACCUAAGCCCGCCGUUAUCCUGCCUCCCAACAGCAUCCAGAACGGACCUGAUGCCAUAGCGCUUUAUUUUGGAAAGGGACCCUACAAAGAAUCCAUGUAUGUAACCCGUGAUGGAUUAGUGGAUGUCCUGGUGCAUAAGUCCAAGAGCUUUGAUCAGGCGGAUGUCCUUCUAAGCUCCCUCACUCCCGGGGCUGAGGCCUUCUUAGAGGACGCCAGCUUCCACACCUCAGAUGAGUCCAUGGGAAGAUGUCUGGACAUAGAUGGCCGGUGGACCUUCCAUAUGACGCAUCUGUCACCAGGGACUGAAAAUCACUGCAAGGUCUUUCCAGUAAUGAUAAACGAAGUGUCCUCACCUUAUGCUACGGAUCUGUAUGUAGAAAUCCGUGGACCACCAUCUUUUCUUCUCUCUGGCCUGACCCUAGCAUUUAUCAGUGGGAUGGAUAAAGAGGUUUAUUACUCUACGGACAUUAGGGGUCAAACCGAUGCCAGUGGGCUGUUUCUGCUUGUGAAUGAGAAGCAUGAUAAUAGAGCCCAGCAGACACUGGCCGACGCAGCCCGAUUACACACCAAGGGGGGUGGCGCGGUAGCCCUGUACAUGGGGAAGAGCAGUGACUCUUUCCAAAAGAGCCGGUAUACCACCAGCGGUUUGGUUAAUGCCUUAGUGUACGGUGACUAUGAGGACAUGGCAUUUCAUAACCUUCAGGACCUGGUCAUGGGCAAUAAUAUAAUUUACUGGCACAACUGGGAUGUAAACAUCUCCGCCAGCCUCUGCGCCCAGGGCCAGGAUGGGCUGACAGCUUUCAUACUUGCAGAAAACACUCCUGGACAGGUUAAUGAAUGCCCGCCAGUGAUCACCCGCCACAAUGUCACACUGUGCUUCAGGAUACUUACAGACUGCUCCGUCUGGCUUGGAGAUGAGGUCCUCUCUGAGCUUCUGAAAGCUGUGGUCCAGUCUCUCCAGUCCUUCUGCAGAUGUGAUGUACAUACAAGCUUCUUCUCAGACGCAAGUCUCACCUGCCAGCCGCGGUUGCUGACGCUGCACGCCAGCCAGAAUGUAACAUCGGCUCUAGGCGAUAUAGAGCAAUAUGCCAGGAUGGGAAGUCUUCUCACUGUGCGCAACAAGAUCGCUACAGUGACGCCAACCUGCACGCAGCCGACCGCCUUCCCAACGCAGUCUCCAGAAUUCGCUGGAGACACCUCUCCGUCUUCUAACGCUCCCGUCCUUCUAAUCAGUGAAGUGAACCCGAAUAACCCCGGAUCAGCUGAGGACACUGAAUAUGUGGAACUCUACCACACAAGCAACAGUUCUGCCAGCCUGGAUGGCUACUGGCUGGUCCUCUACAAUGGGAGGAACAACAUGGCUUAUUUUGCACUCAACCUCAAAGGCUUCUACACUGACAAAAAUGGCUUCUUCCUGGUUGGCAGCGCAAAGAUGACCCCACAGCCGCACAUCCCGCUACGGGCUAACACCAUUCAGAAUGGGGCGGAUGCAGUGGCAUUGUACUAUCGCCCAGGGAAGCCUUACUUUGCAAACAUGCAGUUGACAGAAGAUGGCCUGGUGGAUGCUGUGGUGUAUGUAUCACAGGCAAGGGAUGAUGCUUCAGGGCUCUUGGCUGUCUUAACCCCAGGACAGGAUGCAGUACAUGAAAAUGAACAAUUUAUUGAGGAGGAUGAGUCUUUAAGUCGCUGCCAUGGGUUGGUGCCAUUGGACCACUCCACUUUUCAGAUCACCAAGACCACCCCUCUCAUAGAGAACAACUGUGAGGCUGUGCCUCCCUCCACACCUACAUCCGUGACCUCCGGCCACCCCAGAGCCUCUUCCCCUCCUGGAACAUCUUCUUUGCCCACCACACUUCUGAUCAGUGAGGUGGGCGUAAUGCAGGGCUCUGUACCAUACGUCUUUGUUGAGUUGAAAGGACCCCCCGGAGACCAAAUUUGGGACCACACCUUGGUCAUGUAUAACAGAGACGGGAAAGUUUAUGAUCGCUUCGGUUUGAAAGGCGUAAUAGGAGCUAACGGCUUAUACCUGAUUAGCGUCAAUGAUACGGGCGAUCAGAAGCUCCCUUUGCACUUCCGCCCCUACAAUCUCACCACAGAGGCCCUAGCGCUGUACAGAGGGCGCCCCGAGUCUUUUCCGCUGGGAUCCUCCCUGACUCAGAAAGAUCUACUGGACGUCAUUCUUUACACAUGGGAAAGGAGCGCAAGCACAGAGGUUCUCAGAGAUCUGAGAACACCCAUUGUCACUUUGUACGGGGAUCAGGCGUUGGUGUCUGUGAGUCGUUGCGCUGUUCCCAAAGGAUCCAACGCCCAGUUGCUGCCUGUCCAGCACCCCAGCCCGGGCAGAGAAAACUUUUGUCCCUCCACCGUGACCUCAGUACAGCUUGACCUUUGUGUGAAAGGCUCCACAAUGGAUUGCUCCGGAUGGGAGACAAUGAAAAAGAACACACUGGAUAAGCUGAAAACCACCCUCAGCCAAUCCAUGGAAAAAUACUGCUUGUGUUUUACACCCCCAUCAUAUAUACAAGAGCUGGAUGGCACGUGUACGAAGGAGAAGAUAGCCCUCUCUGGGAAUGUCCUGACUACUCACAGUGACCAGCACCUUAUACAGAGAUGGAACUCAGAGCUGCUCAGCCAUGACGUGCCCUUACAGGACAGCUCCCUGGGGCAUUACACAGGGUGUUUUAUGACGGAGAAGAGACAAGGAGCCUUCAAGGCGUGGCAGGUCUCCCUCCUGGUGCUGCUGUUGCUGCUGGUGAUAUGCGGAGUGGCUGGAUUUAUUCUCUUCCUGCGUAAGAGGACUCCUCAGAACUACACCAGUUUUGAGAUGAAUCAUCAGACAGACCUGACAUCUGACUACUGAGUAGUAAGGAACAUAUGGACUAAAGAUGUGGGACUUCCUACAGGCUCAGCCACAGCACAGGCCCUGUCUAUUAGGUGCAACCUUCACAGACACAAAUCGUGCUGCAGCUGAAGAUGUCUGAGUGACCUCUAUCCAGUGACAAGGCUGUGAAACGCGUUUCUCCUGCAGGGAAGUGAUUGCUCCAUUCAUGGAAGGGGGACUAGGAUUCUCACCAGAAUAUGGAGACUGAAUAGCAUUGGUGCAGCUUUGGAGCAGAAUAAUGCAAUUGUUUCUAUAAGAAAAUUAUUUUUGUGACAUUCACAUUUAUCAGUACUAAUGUACAAUAUAGAGGAAAGAAGAAUACAGAAGUUCUUGGUGAAAAAAAUUAACCUUUCUAGUCCUGGUGUCACAUUCCAGUAUCUCUUCUGCUGAGACUUCUGUCCUAGACUACAUGCUCUAUUUUGUCUUCAGAAGUUCUAUGCUUCGGGUAUGAAAUGAACAACUGCUUACGAAUAGCCGUGGCGGGUUUACUCUGUGUUCCACAUAAUGUCCGUAGCUAAAUAGUGUAUAAAAAAAUUCUUACUUUAGCAGAAAAGGAUCUUUUAGAUUUUCCGGGCAAGUUAUGUAGACGCCUCUGUCUUCGUUCUUAUAGGUAUAUGGCUGAUAGGUCAACAGUUAAAAGGUCAACAGUCAAUAGGUCAACACAAUAUUGUCGACAUCGUCAAAAGGUUGAAAUGUUCUAAUGGUCGCUAUGGCAAUGGUUGAUAUGACAAUGGUCGACACGCAUAUGGUCAACUUGAGGGGUUUUUUUUCCCCAACUUUUUCAUACCUUACCAUCCACAUGGACUACUAUUGGGAAUGGUGUCCUGUGUCGAGUGCAGCCGUAGUGAAGAGAGGAACCUUGCCCGAAGCAUGGUAAGCGAAGCAUACCAAGCAAGGGGAAAAGGUUUCCUAAUUGGGGUUCCAUGUGCUGGAAGGGAAAAUCUGACACCAACAAAACAUAAAAAAAUCAUGUCGACCUUUUCACGUGUCAACCAUUUCCACGUCGACCUUAUAUCAUAACCCUUCUUAUAUCACCCAUAGUUCUUACUAUGAGGAACUCUAACUUGUAAUUUAGAUCCCUGAUACGCCUCCUUUUACAGGAUUAAUGAAUACAGGUCCUUGUCAUUGUUCUGCCACCGUCUUCUGUAUGAAGUAAGAAACUAUAGAAUAGAAUUGUUUUAUUUUCUAAAUCCUUGAGAUUGCACUUUUUUAAAUUCAAAUUCAUAUAUAUUUUUCUAUGCAGUAAAUGGGUCUUCAGCAUUACAAAAGGCAACUUUUAUCUAAGCCGUAAUUGCUAUUCAUGGAGAGUGGAUUUUAUUUUUUAAAGGUCAUUCUAGGUCUGUUAGACGAGCCGAUGGAAGGAUUCGGAAGUAUUGGAGAGUUCCUUGCUGAUCAUGGAAUUGUCACAUAGGUGCAAUAAAGAGGAAUAUGCGGCCUGUUUAUCAAUUUUCAGAUGAACUUGAACUUCUCACAUGCUGGUUAACGCGUUUCACCCCAUACGUUUCAUGGAACGCAUUUCGCAACUUCCAGUUGUAAUUCAUUGCGCACUUUGGUCAAUAUAAUAGAAAACUUCAACCUCACAAAAGUGACACAUUAUAAAGACGUGAACUAAAGGCAUUCCCUUAUUCUCCUCACUCAAGAUUAUAAACCAAGACACAUACAAAUAUGUACAAAACAGAAUAACAGGGUUUGGCUCUAAACUAGGCCCAGCCAACCUGCCUGCGGCUAGCCAGCUGUUGUAAAACUACAAGUCCCAGCUAUUGGCGAAUGCUAAAACUGUGGAAGGGCAUGCUGGGAUGUGUUGUUUUACAACAGCUGGCGAGCCAGCCAGGCCUGCUCUAACUGGUUGUAAUAUAGACAUUGAUGUGACUUAUUACUGAUUCCUAUUAUGCCAACUUGCAAACCAAGGCACUCUGGUUGACACUACGGGAGGUGUUAUCAAAUGUAAGGUGGGUUGCAGAAAAUAGGUGCAACAUGCGCACCUAAGGGACCACUGAAGGUCUGCUGGUUUUUGUCUUGAAAAUUACCAUAUUGGUGUUUUUUCUUCAAUACUGCUCCUCACUCCGGCCUACAAACAGCUCUGAGGGUGGGUACAUGCUUGUAUGACGGGCAUUCGGGCUUAUAUCAUCGUAAUGUGUACCUACCCUAAAGCAAAUGAAAACAGCGGCAUAAUAUUGUAAUAACUCAGCGCUGUCUCGCUAUCGGUGGUGUGUAUUAUCUAAGUGAAUACAGAGUAUUCAAUAUGUUCAUUUUAAAAUGAAAAUUAUACAAUGUGCGCACAACGAACAGGAUUGCCUUGGAUGGUUCUUCAGCCCAUGGUCCAGCAUUUAAAUUUACCCCAAUGUGUCUUGAAAGUGCCUUUCUAUAAACUACAUGUUUACCUUAUUCAAUAAAUGUAAGGGUUCAAAAUGGUUUAAUAUUAUGCAAUUUAUUUUAAACAGUGUUAUUUUGAUAAAAGGGACAUCAUUCGUUAUCAAUGAUAUGAAUCUACUGUUUGAACUACAUAUCCCAGCAUGCUUAGCUGUUAUUUAACUGCAACUCUCCUGCCAUGAGAUGGUCUGUAAACAACAGUCCAUUUAUAUUGCAGAUUAGAGACUGGCAGCACAAAACUACAGUACAAGUUAGUAUUUUCUAUAUCUCUACAAGGAAACCCAAACUAAUGGAAUUAUAAAAGACUAUAUAAAGCACAGUGCUUGCAAUGUAUCUAUUAAAUGUAGAAAAAGGCCUAGAAAGUUGAAGACUAUUAAGACAGCUGCUCUGCUACCAGGGCUGCCAUCAGAAAUUGUGGGUCCAGAGACUGACAAAAUAGGCAAAUUUCUCACCCACCCCACACACCUCUGUCUGGGCCCAGGAAAAUAGUCCCGGCAGUUCCCCCCUAAUGGCGGCCCUGUCUACUACAACCAGUCCACCAACACUAGAUUACAUUGCACAAUGUAUAAUCCCCUGCUUGCAAGUGCUGGAUUUUGUGGUACAGCAACACCUUGAAGCCACAAUGUAAAUAUACCUCCCAACAUAAUCCAUUCCUGGAGGCACAAAAUGCUCUGUUCCUGGCCUUCCCUCUUAAUUUAUGAUUGCCGUCACAUGUGUUGAACAGGUUAAUUGAUAUGAAAGGUGUUUCACCCCAGGAGAUGUAAGGCAUAAAUGAAGAUGGAAGUCCAGGAGCAGAGCAUUUUGUUCCUCCUACAAUGGUUCAUGUUGGGAGGUAUGGGUAAAGCAUAACCACAGAGGUGACAAGAGUCUCCAGCUGCGUGGAUAGAGGGACCUCCCUUCUUACCUCGUUCUGUGCUGACCAGAAGGAACUUGGCAGAAAUCUGACUGGAACAUUGGCCCUCAUUCCGAGUUGUUCGCUCGCAAGCUGCUUUUAGCAGCUUUGCACACGCUAAGCCGCCGCCUACUGGGAGUGAAUCUUAGCAUAGUAAAAUUGCGAACAAAAGAUUAGCAGAAUUGCGAAUAGACACUUCUUAGCAGUUUCUGAGUAGCUCCACACUUACUCGGCAACUGCGAUCAGUUCAGUCAGUUUCGUUCCUGGUUUGACGUCACAAACACUCCCAGCGUUCGCCCAGACACUCCCCCUUUUCUUCAGACACUCCCGCGUUUUCCCCAGAAACGGCAGCGUUUUUUUACACACACCCAUAAAACGGCCAGUUUCCGCCCAGAAACACCCACUUCCUGUCAAUCACACUCCGAUCACCAGAACGAAGAAAAAACCUCGUAAUGCCGUGAGUAAAAUUCCUAACUGCAUAGCAAAUUUACUUGGCGCAGUCGCAGUGCGAACAUUGCGCAUGCGCAAUUAGCGGAAAAUCGCUGCGAUGUGAAGAAAAUUACCGAGCGAACAACUCGGAAUGACCACCAGUGUCAAUAUUACUUCCUUGUAAAUUUGCGUUUGACUGAAAAGGAGUUGCAAUAAAAUUUUGUAUAUAUGUUUGUAAUAAAUACGAGUGUUGUCUA